UGUUAAAAAGAGGAGCACGCGCGGCCGCUCGCUCGGACGCGCCGGCAACAUGAUGAUGAUGUCUCUGAGCAGCAAGCAGCCCUUCUCCGCCAUGGCGCACGCCACCCUGCACGCCGAGGCCAAGUACUCCUCGCUGCACUCGGGCGGCACCAACAACACGUCGUCCUCGUCGUCCGCCACCUCCAACGCGGUAUCCUCGUCCUCGUCGUCCUCGUCGUCCUCCUCCUCGGCGUCCUCGUGCAUCUCCUCCCGCCACAGCAGCAUCAUCAGCACCAGCUCGGAGGCGAUGCGGCGCGCGUGCCUCCCCACACCACCGAGCAAUAUAUUCGGCGGCUUGGACGAGAGUCUGCUGGCCCGGGCUGAGGCGCUCGCCGCGGUGGACAUCGUCUCGCAGAGCAAGAGCCACCUCCACCACCACCACCCGCCGCCGCACCACAGCCCCUUCAAGCCGGACGCCACCUACCACACCAUGAACACGCUGCCGUGCACCUCGUCGUCGUCCGCCUCCUCGGUGCCCAUCUCGCACCCGUCCGCGCUCGGGGGAGGCGGUGGCGGCGGCGGCGGCGGCGGCGGCGGCGGCGGCGGCCAGGGCCAGGGCCACAGCCACGGCCACGGCCACGGCCACGGCCACGGCCACGGCCACCACCACCACCAUCACCACCACCACCACCACCACCAGCCGCACCAGGGUCUGGAGGGCGACCUCCUGGAGCACAUCACUCCGGGCCUGGCGCUGGGGGCCAUGGCGGGCCCGGACGGCUCGGUGGUGUCCACGCCCGGCCACCCGGCGCACAUGGCCGGCAUGAACCACAUGCACCAGGCGGCGCUGAGCAUGGCGCACGCCCACGGGCUGCCGCCUCACAUGGGCAUGAGCGACGUGGACGCGGACCCGCGCGACCUGGAGGCCUUCGCCGAGCGCUUCAAGCAGCGGCGCAUCAAGCUCGGCGUGACGCAGGCGGACGUGGGCUCGGCGCUGGCCUCCCUCAAGAUCCCCGGCGUGGGCUCGCUGAGCCAGAGCACCAUCUGCAGGUUCGAGUCCCUCACGCUGUCGCACAACAACAUGAUCGCGCUCAAGCCCAUCCUGCAGGCGUGGCUGGAGGAGGCCGAGAAGUCGCACCGGGAGAAGCUCAACAAGCCCGAGCUGUUCAACGGCGCCGAGAAGAAGCGCAAGCGCACGUCCAUCGCCGCGCCGGAGAAGCGCUCGCUGGAGGCCUACUUCGCCAUCCAGCCCAGGCCCUCGUCGGAGAAGAUCGCGGCCAUCGCCGAGAAGCUGGACCUGAAGAAGAACGUGGUGCGCGUGUGGUUUUGCAACCAGCGGCAGAAACAGAAACGCAUGAAGUACUCGGCCUGCGUUUGAAUUCCACGCGACGCCGAACUCGGACGCUUUGUAUCAUCGUUUCCUAUUUAACAAAAAACAAACAAAAACGAAAACAAACAAACAAAAAAAAAUCAACAACAAAAAAAAACACUUAAAAAAACAACACCUUUUUUUUCAUUUCUUUGUGCAUAAGAAGGACAAAAAAAAGAAAAGGAGAGGGGGAGAAGGAGCCCGCGUGGAGCGUGCAAGUAAGACUCACCUCACUUGACGUGAACACAACAGAACGUGGAAACAAACAAAAAAAAAAACGAGCAACUGAGAGCACUUGCUUUAUUUCGGAGUCAUUCAUUUGCAGGGUCCGCGAGAGAUGUAAUAAUAACGAUGAUCAUAAUUAUGAUGACUGCCAAAUAAUUCCUCUUUGUAAAUGCAUCAUUUACACCUUCGUUUUCGUGUCUAAACGUGCAAUUUAUUCGUUUUUAUUUUAUUGGGGGGUGGGAAAUUGAGAAAAUAAUUUGAAGUGUUUACAAUCCAGCGUGGGCCUGCUCCUUAUGAACUAUUUAUGGAGUGAGGUCAUGUUUACUUCAUUACAUAUUUAUUGGGAUUCCCCUCAAUCACCCCCCCCCCCCCUCCCCCCCUUCUUCUUCUUCUUGUUGUUGUUUUUUGAGCAAAUCGUACAAAUUUACACGUUUCCCCCCAUCCCCCCCCCCCCUAACAUUUAAGGUGGUACAAUCGAUAUAAAUAUAUAUAUAGAUAUUAUUUCACCCCCUAUUUAUUUAUUUGUAUAAAUAUACGCGUCGUUUUGCUUGUACGAAUCACUUCCUUUGAUUACUUUGAACUGAUCGCUUCGUGGAAGUGGGAAACCGAAAUGUAAAUAACAAUGUCAUCAUUGCACAUUUUAUUCUAUUCGUACAGGUUCCCCCCUUUAUUUGCUGUUUCAGCGGAGGUAUUUUCUGUAUAUGUUUAUUUAUUUAAAACAAAACAAAAAAACACACACAAAAAAAACACCUGGUUAAAUUAUUAUCCCCCCCGCCCCUUCCGUAUUAUUUAUUCAUGGCUUUUUAUUUAACAAUUGCAAUGUGUGUUUCAUUAAAGAACAAACUUUGCCAUUUGGAAGGUUAAGAAAAAAAAAAAAACCCACAUCCAGACAUGCUAAUGUUAUUUUGGAUUAUUUAUGAAUUCAUCUGUUUAUUUAUUGAUAAGGUAGGAGGGGGAAAACGCUUUAUAGCAACAGAGCAGUGUGUGCAUGCACAACUCUUAAUAUAAAAUAAACAAAUACAUAAUUGG